AUGGUUGGUAAACCGCCGAGAAAAAUUGGGAUGCCGAAGCUCAAGCGUUGCUCGGCGGCGAAAUUAGAAAUCGGGAAUAGCGACGGAGUUGAGCAGUCAUGCGUCGUCGCUAGAAAUCCAAUGAAGAUACAGAAGACGACAAAUGGCUGUUGUACACUUCCUAUUGCCCAAAUCGAGAAGAACGAUGUUGAUUUGUCAAAUUGUUGCCCUGCGACUGGAGUCUCAUCAUUCAAUACUGAAGAGAAUUCUGUGGUGCGGAAGUUUGCGGAGUACAAGCCUCCACUGUUGAAGUCCUCCAGAGGGCGCAAACAGGUGCUUCCUGUGAAAUUCAGUGACUCGGUUUUGCACCCGUGGAAGAAAGAAAAAGAAAAGUCGGAGUCUUGUGAUGAUCUGAAGAGCUGUGUGGCUGAUAAUAAUAAAUGUGUUCAGGAUGCGCCCCUUAAGAAGAAGCUAAAGAAGAAAGAGGCAUCUGUGUCUUUUGGUGACAUAUACUUAGUGAAGAAACGACGGACAGAAAAGCAGUAUGGCGACUUCCUGUUCAAAAACGUUGUUUCUGAGCCUUAUCCUAGUUCCCGUAGUUCAGUUACAUCGAUAAAUGAAGGACUUUCCUCUUUUUCACCGAUGAUGAAAAAAGUUGAGAAGCAGAAUGGGCAUGCCAGACUGAUGAAGCGUGUGAAGGAGAAAGUUGUUAAAAAAAAGGCUGAUUUUUAUGAGCCUAGUGAUUUUGUUAUGGGAGAUUUAGUCUGGGCGCAAUGUGGUAAGCAUUUUCCUUCUUGGCCUGCUGUUGUGAUUGAUCCGCUCUGGCAAGCACCUGAAGCUGUACUCCGAGCUUGUGUUCCGGGCACUCUUUGCGUGAUGUUUUAUGGUUACUCCAGGAAUGGUCAAAGGGAUUAUGCAUGGAUAAAAGCUGGAAUGAUUUUUCCAUUUCACGAGUACAUGGACAGAUUUCAGGGGCAGACUAAGUUGCAUGGUAGUAAGCCAAGUGAUUUCCUUGCGGCUAUAGAGGAGGCAGUUUUAAUAGAAAAUGGCUAUGGGAAGUCAGACAUAGGAAUGGGGCAUGAAACAUUACCUUUGGCGAAUAAUGGUGAUGGUGUAGAAGCAACUGGUUCAAAUCAGGGGUCUGAAUGUAAUAUUCAGCAGGACAUGUUGGGUAAAAAGAAAGAUACCCGAACUUGUGGAAGCUGUGGUUUGUUAUUUCCAUGCAGAAUGGUGAAAAAAAUUAAGAAUACAACAACCAAGGCUCAUUUUUUGUGUGAACAUUGUAUUAAGUUAAGAAAAUCUAAACAAUUCUGUGGUAUUUGCAAGCAAAUUUGGCAUCAUUCUGAUGGUGGCAGUUGGGUAUGUUGUGAUGGUUGUAAUGUUUGGGUCCAUGCUGAGUGCGCCAACAUUUCUACUAAGCUUUUGAAGGAACUGAAAGGUAUGGACUACUUCUGCCCUGAGUGCAGAGCUAAACCAUCAUCUGAGCGAUUGGCUUUGGAUAAUCAGCAACUAGCUCUUAGGCCUGCUGAGCAGCUUGAAAGCAAAAAACCGCCAGAUACGAUAACUGUUGUCUGCAAUGGCGUGGAAGGCAUAUAUUAUUCAAGUCUCCAUAUGGUUCAGUGUACUUGUGGUUCAUGUGGUUCAAAGAAGUGUGGGCCCAGUGAGUGGGAACGGCAUACAGGAUGCAGAGCGAAGAAAUGGAAGCACAGUGUUAAAGUGAAGGGUUCUAAGUUAACACUUGAAAAAUGGAUGGCACAAUACAAUUUAUACAGCUUCAGUUCCACGCGGUUGGAUAAGCGCCAGUUGUUUUCUUUCCUGAAAGAAAACUACCAACCUGUUCAUGCAAAGUGGACCACUGAAAGAUGUGCUAUUUGUAGAUGGAUUGAAGACUGGGACUACAACAAAAUAAUAAUAUGCAAUAGAUGUCAAAUAGCAGUACAUCAAGAAUGUUACGGAGUGAGGAGCACUCAAGAUUUUUCUUUGUGGGUUUGCCGUGCAUGUGAAACCCCAGAAUUUGAGAGGGAAUGUUGCCUCUGUCCCGUAAAAGGGGGUGCACUGAAGCCAACUGAUAUUGAUGAUUUAUGGAUUCAUGUUACCUGUGCGUGGUUUCGCCCUGAAGUUGCUUUCUUACAUGCGGAGAAAAUGGAGCCUGCAGUUGGGCUUCUUAAAAUUCCGCCAAAUUCGUUUACUAAGUCAUGUGUUAUCUGCAAGCAGAUUCACGGUUCUUGCAUGCAGUGUUACAAGUGCACUACCUAUUUCCAUGCAACAUGUGCUUCUCGUGCUGGAUAUUGCAUGGAGUUGCAUUGCGACGAAAAGAAUGGGUUGCAGAUAACUAAAUUCAUAUCAUAUUGCACUUUUCACAGGACACCUAGUGCAGAGAAUGUGCUAGUGAUACUUACACCGGAUGGGGUUUUUUCCAACAAAAGUUUGCUGCAAGGCCAAUAUCAAGAACAACAUUGUAGAGGUUCAAGGCUAAUCUCAACAAAUACUGCCAAGUGCUCAGAUUCAUCUCCUGCUGAUUCUAGUGAAUUUGAGGAGAUGUCUGCUGCAAGAUGCCGUGUUUACAAUAGACCAAAUGUUAAGUUGUUUGAUCGUCUUCUCUGUCAUUAUAUUCAGUAUAUUGAAGAGCCGAUAUCUUCUACAUUCAGAGACCGAUUGGAACAUUUAAAGAGAACAGAAAAAUAUCGGGUUUGCUUUGGUAAAUCAAGAAUUCAUGGAUGGGGCCUCUUCGCUAGGCAAAACAUCCAAGAAGGAGAAAUGGUUGUAGAAUAUUGUGGUGAGCAGGUGAGGCGCAGUGUUGCCGACCUAAGGGAGAAACGGUAUGGUUUGGAGGGUAAAGAUUGCUAUCUUUUCAAGGUCAGUGAGGAAGUAGUAAUUGAUGCCACAAAUAAAGGGAAUAUUGCUCGCUUGAUUAAUCACUCGUGCAUGCCCAAUUGUUAUGCAAGGAUCAUGAGUGUGGGUAUAGAAGAAAGCCGCAUAGUUCUUAUAGCUAAGACCAAUGUCUCAGCUGGUGACGAGCUAACGUAUGAUUAUAAGUUUGAGGCUGAUGAGCCGGAAGAGGUUAAAGUCCCUUGCUUUUGUAAUGCUCCUAACUGCAGAAAAUUCUUGAACUAA